AUGGAAUUUCCAGAUCUUGGAGAACAUUGUUCAGAGAAGACCUGCAAGCGUUUAGACUUCCUUCCCAUGAAAUGUGACGCCUGUCAAGAAAUAUUUUGCAAGGACCAUGUCACUUACGCGCACCACAAAUGCACCUCGUCUUACAAAAAGGAUGUCCAGGUCCCCGUGUGCCCAUUGUGCAACAUCCCCAUUCCUAUCAAGAGAGGAGAGACGCCCGAUAUUAAAGUCGGGGAGCACAUCGAUCGGGAUUGCAAAUCGGAUCCCGCACAACGGAAAAGGAAGAUUUUCACCAACAAGUGUUCCAAAGGAGGUUGUAAGCAGAAGGAAAUGAUGCGUGUGACAUGUGACCAGUGUCAUUUAAAUUACUGUCUUAAACACCGACACCCACUCGACCAUGAUUGUAAGACUGACGGCAAACCUCUGUCCCAGGCUGGGUAG